CAAUACUCCCGCACUAUUUACUUUUAAGAACAGACAAAAUAAGUACCACAACGUGUAGUAGGAACGAUGGUUCUUUAGGGAGUGCUGGUUGCCAGGGUCGCACUCGCCAAGGUUGGUACCGGCGGUAUAAAACCUAAUCCACGGGGUACUGGGGGGCAGUAGUUGGUGAUUAGUUGCUGUUAGGGCAUUGUUAAUUUAAAAAAAAAAUCAAAAUGAAAUUUUUUGUUGUCCUAUCAGCAGUGCUAGGCCUAGCUCUUGGCCAAGGCUACAAAGGUGAUCCGAGAACAGCCGCCAUCGUAGCCGAGCAAAGAUAUCUAGGCGGAGACGGCCGAUUCGGCGCUACCUACACACAAGAAGACGGAGUAAAUUUCAAGGAAGAAAGUGAAGCCGAUGGCACUCGCAGAGGAAGCUAUUCCUACGUUGAUCCCAAUGGCCAAAGACACACCAUCAGCUAUACUGCAGGCAAACACGGUUUCAUGGCAACAGGCGAUGGUAUUCCUCAACCAUUGCCAACCACCUUGCCUGUAGCUCCCCAGCCUCAAUACCAACCGCUACCUCAAUACAACGCUCCAGACUACCAACCACCACAACAGCAAUACAGGCCCCAGGCUCAACCACAAUACCAACCUCAGCCACAAUACCAACCACAGCCCCAAUAUCAGCCACAGCCUCAAUACCGACCACAACCACAACCAAAACCACAAUACUCGACCACUCCAGCUCCUCACAGGUUCUAUCCACCAGGAAAAUUGUCUCUUAACAGAUCUCCUGAUGGUUACAGUUACACUUUCAAUCAAGCUUAAGCUAACUGUUUUUUUUUUCUGUGACUAUUUUGUAUUAUAAUUUUUUUUUCUGUAUAUUGUUGUUUGUAUACUAAUGUGAGGCUUUCUGAGACUGAACUGAGGUAUUUUUUUUUGUGUGUAAAUGUGAAAUAAAAGUGUUUGAACACGAUG